AUGGGCGCGGAGAUGAAGCGCGUGCCGGGCGACCGCACCUUGUUCCAGCUGGAGAUUCCCGGGUUGAAGUUUCUCAGCCUGGAGGUCAAGCCGGUGGUGCGGGUCAGGGUGCGGCUCAUCGGCGACGGCGAGGAGGUUGCCACGUGGACGGGGCAGAGCGGGCACCCGGGCGGAAAGACCCCGGAGUGGCGCGCGGACGAGUCAGCGAGGCUCGCGGAGCUCGCCAUCAAGGCGGAGUGCGUUGACGACGACGACGAGCCCGAGGAGUGCCCCGCGCCCCCGCCGGCGCCCACGCCGAUGGGCCGGCCGGAGCGGGAGGAUGUGGUCCUCCACGGCCCGUGCGUCCUCAUCGAGGCCAUCUCGUGCCGGGUGGAGGGGAAGACGGUGGAGGAGCUCGGCGUGAACGACCUGUUCGUGUUCCGCGGGACGACGUGCUUCAGGUGGAGGUCCCGCGGCGACGGUACCGACGCGGGCCCGGUGCCCAGCCGGACGGGACCUGGCGGAGAGGAUGAGGCGGGAACCGGCUGGGCGUCGGCGCCGGUGGUGGGGGCCAAGAAGCUGAAGGACGGACAGUCGUGCAUCGUGGGAUGGGCGGACAUCGGCGUGGGAGUAGAUCCCCCGGGGCCGUUCGCGCUUCUGCCGCAGAGCUUCGCGGAGAAGGUUGGAGACGCGGUGAUGCGCACCACGCUCAAGGCGCUGCAGAGCGUGUUUUUGAACGGGUUGGCCAAGGAUUACUCCAAGUGGGCAACCGACGAGAAGUACCGCGCCGCGAGGGAAGUGGCGGCCGCGGCCGCUGCAGAGGAGGCUGGGUUGUGA